GUCUGGCAACAUUAUACGCCCAACUAAAAACGUGUGGCGUAUCGUGACAAAAAUUUGCAUUUGUGUUUCGUACUAUUUAUAGACGCAUCAAAUUGGCAGAUACACAGCAUUGCUGACAUUGAAAAUAAAGACAGACAAUGUCAUCCUCCACCACACACAAACAACGUUAUAAAAAUGCCGCUCUGGACUCGACAGAGAUGCGGCGGCGUCGUGAAGAGGUCGGUAUUCAGUUGCGUAAAACGAAGCGCGAGCAACAGCUGUCGAAGCGACGUAACGUUUUCCUGGAUCCAACGCCGUCCGGUGUCGAGGGCGGCAGCAGCAACAGUGGUGAUCUGCAUACCAGUGAUAUGCAUAUGGCCGAUAGCACAAGCCAGGGCGGCAUGCCAUCGCAGGCUGAGUUGGACAUCGGCGGGAUUGGCGGACAAUCGAUAAUUAGCGCCGAAAUGAUUCAAAUGUUGUAUAGCGAUAAGGAGAGCGAUCAAUUGGAGGCAACACAAACGUUUCGCAAGCUCUUAUCCCGUGAUCCCAAUCCGCCCAUCGAGGAGGUUAUACAAAAGGAUAUUGUGCCGCAAUUUGUGACAUUUUUGCGCAACAACACAAAUGCAACGCUUCAGUUUGAGGCCGCCUGGACGCUGACAAACAUUGCAUCGGGUACCUCGCAACAGACAAAGAUUGUGAUUGAGGCUGGUGCUGUGCCCAUAUUCAUAGAAUUGCUCUCAAGUCCUCAUGACGAUGUGCAGGAGCAAGCUGUCUGGGCAUUGGGCAACAUUGCCGGCGAUUCUGCAACGUGUCGUGAUCAUCUGCUUAACUCAGGCAUUUUAAUGCCACUCUUGCAUGUUUUAAGCCAUUCGGAACGCAUAACCAUGAUAAGAAAUGCAGUUUGGACGCUCUCAAACUUGUGCCGUGGCAAGAAUCCGCCAGCUGAUUUCUCGAAAAUCGUGCACGGUUUGCCAAUAUUGGCACGCCUACUCGACUACACCGAUGUGGAGGUGCUGAGCGACACGUGUUGGGCCAUCAGCUAUCUGUCGGAUGGACCCAAUGAUAAAAUCCAGGCUGUCAUUGAUGCGGGCGUUUGUCGGCGUCUCGUCGAGCUACUAUUGCAUCCACAACAGAACGUUAGCACGGCAGCUCUACGUGCUGUGGGCAACAUUGUGACCGGCGAUGAUCAACAGACGCAAACUAUAUUGAGCCACAAUGCCUUGCCGUGCAUCAGUCAUUUGCUGUACUCUCCGGUCGAAACGAUUAAGAAGGAAUCAUGCUGGACCAUAUCGAAUAUUGCUGCCGGCAAUCGAGAACAGAUUCAGGCAAUCAUCAGUGCCAAUAUAUUUCCGCAAUUGAUGAACAUCAUGCAAACGGCCGAUUUUAAGACGCGCAAAGAGGCCGCAUGGGCCAUAACGAAUGCCACAAGUAGUGGUACCUCGGAACAGAUUCAUUACUUGGUUAAGAUCGGCUGUGUACCGCACAUGUGCAAUUUCCUCACUGUUGUCGAUGCGGAUAUUGUUCAGGUGGCAUUGAAUGCACUCGAAAACAUUCUGAAAGCUGGUGAAAAGUUUCAAGUACGACCAAAUCCCUAUGCCAUCGCCAUCGAGGAGUGCGGCGGUCUGGAUAAGAUCGAGUAUCUGCAGGCGCAUGAGAAUCGCGACAUUUAUCAUAAAUCAUUCUACAUUAUUGAGCAGUACUUUGGCAACGAGGAGGAAGACACUCGAGUGGCGCCCGUUGCGGGCAGUCAACAGUACGAAUUCAAUCCGCACAACAUACCCGAUGCUGGCUUCAAUUUCUAGCAUGACAAUGACAAAACACAACAGCAACAGAUACAUACAGACUAUAUAGACAAAUGGGUAACUAUUGUGCGCAUUUCAGCAAUCUGAUUCUGAAUGUGCGUGUGUAUCACAUCCUAUGCACGGGUAGAGACGACAGGCACUGUGCAGUCAUUAGCAUUUUAAGUGUCACUUAGGCCCGACAUUUGUUUCACGUUGUUCAUUUGUUUGCCCCGCUUUUGUUACAUACUCUUAACGAUUAUUUUUAUAAUUACGAUUAUUAUUAUUAUUUGCGAUAUUGGAAAAGUCGAUGUGAGGUCUAGGACCAUCUUAAUCUUGUAUUUUAAACCCAAAUAAUUUUCACACCCAGCGUAUGUAUGUGAGUGUGUUUGUGUGCAUAUAGACCAAACAAACAAGAUCGAGUUAUAUAGCUAGCUACAUUUUCAUAUAGUAUAUCUAAUGAAUUCCUAAUGGUUGUAAAUAUUUUCAUGAGGCAUGCAUACGCACAUCAUAUAUAUACAUACAUACAUAUAGAAAUAUAUAUUAUUUGAUUUGAUUAUGUACAUAGUAUGUUGUGUGCAGCAAAGUUAAUUGCGUUAGAAGCCGGCUUUGGUGUUGUUAUCUAUACAUAUUACAAUAUGUAUACUUUCAUCUAUAUUUUGUUACAACAAUUAACAAUUCGUUUAAGCUUAAAACGUAAAUUAUUAGUUUUAUUUGAAUUUGGCACUCAAUAAAGAGCAAGCAUCCGACCUGAAAUAUUUUAAGAAUAUAUUUGAGAUUUGCACAUUUGCACGCGUUAUGUGUUGGACAUUUUUUUAGAUUUGAUCUCAAAAUUUCGUUAUUUUUGAUAUCCCGUAAUUAUUAUGCGAAAGGAAAUGCCCAAAGACCUCAACAACAAAAAAAAAAAAAAGAGUUUCGAAAACAAAAC